CAAAAGAUGAAGUGGGGUAUUGGAUGCGAUCGCAGUGCGUGACAACCUCUUUUCUUUUCUUUUCAACAUUCCUCCUCCGAUUUCUUAAUUUCUCAUCAAAAAAAGAAAAGAAAGCCGCUUUUCUUCUUCUUCAAUCAUCAUGAGCCUCUUCGGUCUCGGCAGGAACCAGAGGACAUUUCGUCCAAAAAAGAGUGCACCUUCCGGGAGUAAGGGGGCACAACUUAGGCAACACAUUGAUGCUACUUUGGGUAGUGGAAAUUUGAGAGAGGCUGUGAGACUUCCUCCCGGGGAGGAUAUAAAUGAAUGGCUUGCUGUCAACACUGUGGAUUUCUUCAAUCAGGUGAAUCUUUUAUAUGGCACACUGACGGAGUUUUGUACCCCGGAGAUUUGCCCCACCAUGACGGCAGGUCCCAAAUACGAAUACCGAUGGGCAGAUGGUGUGCAAAUUAAGAAGCCCAUUGAAGUUUCAGCUCCAAAGUAUGUAGAGUUCUUGAUGGAUUGGAUUGAAUCGCAAUUAGAUGAUGAAUCCAUAUUUCCUCAAAGGCUUGGAGCACCAUUUCCAGCCAAUUUCAGAGACGUUGUGAAAACAAUAUUUAAACGCCUAUUCCGUGUAUAUGCUCAUAUUUACCAUACACACUUUCAGAAGAUUGUUAGCCUCAAAGAGGAAGCCCAUCUCAACACAUGUUUUAAGCACUUCAUACUGUUUACAUGUGAAUUUACAUUGAUUGACAAGAAGGAGCUAGCCCCACUUCACGAACUUAUAGAAUCCAUUGUCCCUUAUUAAAAACACCUUUUUGAUUGCCAUAUGGUCUGCUUUGAUUUUAUUUUGGAGCCGAAUAAGUUGUUGGUGCUUACAUAUAGUGUGCUAGACGUUUUCUGAUGUAACUAAAGUUGUUUACUGGCGUGUAUCCUUUUUGUUGAUAAUGCAUAAGUUUUAUACAUGAAUCAAAUAGAAAAUGUUGUGUA